UCUCGAGCUUUUAUUCUAUCUCAGGCGAUAAUCUCCUGCUCAUGAGUUAAUUAUGGCCGCUGUCUCCUCCCGAUCCAUUCAUCCUUCCUCGCCCACCCGAGCGCCGUCUUCCUUCUGAGCUUGGCCUUCAUCAUCGCGUAGUCGAGUAGGUAAUCAGGUGCUCCCGGCAGUAUUUCUCGGUCGCUGCUUCGUGUUGUUUCACACUCAAUUUCCUUGCGCCGAAUUCUACGAAUUCUUGUAGUACUAGCAGUAUCCGUCGCUCACGAUAGUAUCGUCUCUUCAUACCUACAAGCUUGGCUGACAGUAGUAACCGUCUCCUGAAACGCAUCCUCUCUCGUGAAACAUCUCUUACAUUUAUUUAAUUUCUUACAGUUAUUCCAGUUAUUUCAAUUUAUACAUUCAUUAGUAUGUGCUUCUCCCCAAAUGGACACCAGCGGCCCAACUCUCGCCGCGGCAGUCCGCAGGCACGUUCAAUGAUAGGCCUUCGCUGCGAGGGACUCCUUCCGAUCAGAUUUUCUAAUCGGAUCUUCGAGCGGAUCUUCCAGAUCUGUCAUCCUCAGGGUCGUCUUCCGCCGAUGCCGCCGCGCUUCCCGCAGAUUUCACCAUGAGGUCGGACUCGACGCUUCAGCAGCAGCAGCAGCUGUUGGCAGCGGCGUAGCUGGCAUCUCGAGGCGCCGCUCCGGCUCGAGUCUCUCGUCGCGGCUCGCUGCAGCGAUGCCUCCUCCGUCUCCGCCGCCGCAGAAAGCGGCGGUAGCGCGAGCUGCGGUCGGCGGCAGCAGGCGACGAAGAAAGGCCGGCGUUGCGAUUCCGCGCGCGCGGACGGCUCCAUCCCGCCACAGCGCAGUCGGUGGCGCCGUCAACAGCGAUGCCUUGACGACCAAUUCCCCAAUUGCCUUGGACUCGUGGAGGCUUCCACCGCCCCGGCUGCUCUCGCGCACGCGAACUUGCGCCGGGGACGGCGGGGAGCGCGGGGAGCAUGAGCGCAGACGCCACUACCGCUAGCCCGAGCUCCGCUCGGCGCGCACCUCUGAACAUCCGUCGCGGAACGGCGUCGUCGAGUCGCUCCGGGACGGCGGUUCAGCGAGGACGGGACGGCCUGCGACGGGCUACUCGUGUCGCUGGCGUCGCACGAAAGAGACCACGGCGACGGAAGAAAUGGUCGUGCAGGGAUGUCGCUACUCUUAACAGCAGCAGCAGCAGCGGAAGCACGGGUAGUCCGUGCAGUAUUCUUUCCCCCUGGAGCACGGGGAGCGCCUGUAGCACUGGCAGUUUCCAGCAGCGGCAGCAGCAGCGCCGCACUUUCCCCCGGCUCCUGCGGCGGCGUCAGCAGCCCCGGCUUCUUCUCCCCCGACUGUAGCUGCUGCGCCGGCUACAUCCGCGCCGCCAGCUGCCGCGUCGUUCGCUUCCGCAGCUGGUUCCGCGCAUCCGCCGCUGCCGACGACGCCGUCCCGCCUGCAGCGGUCGAUGACGAGCGACCGCCUGCUCAUCCUGCAGCGGCGGAGCGGACCCUCGCAGAGCAGCAGCGGCAGCGGCAGCAGCAGCAGCAGUGGAGUGAACAGAUGCAGCAGCAGCAGCAGCAGCAGUUCCGGCUCUUACAGCAGCGGCAGUACUACUGCUGAUAACAGCAGCGGCGGUCGCUUGAAUCCGUCCGGCGGGGAUCCGAGGCGGCCGCCUGAGGCUCCGAGGCACGCGCGGAGGCACUCGGUGUCGUUUAUGGAGAGGCGCGCGUGUGACCCCCUAUGCACGUGGCAGUGACGCGCACCAGCUGAUGCAGCUUCAACAGCAGCAGCAGUUUCAACAGCCGCGGGUAUCGAGUGGCGUUUCCCCCGCUUCGUCGCCGGUGCCAGUCUAUCGCACGCGGUCUAGCGUCAGUGUGAGGAAUCUGUUGCCAACAACUCCGACAGCAUCAGUGGAGGUGACGCAGCAGCAGCAGCAGCUGUAUACCAGCCACGCCGUAUCUCCCACCACGCCACCUCCUCCCGUGGCCAGCCGCUCCCAGCGCCGAAUCGUCCGGAGCUCGUCUGUGCCUGCCAGAGACGUGCUCUUCCGACCGUGAGCACCACCAGCCGCCCGGAGCACACCAGCCCCAUCCGCAUUGCACCCAGCAGCACUGCAGCGGGGAGCCGGAGUCCCAACGUGAGGAGCCCUAGUCCAGUGGCAAGGAGCCCUAGCCCGAACGCCAGGAGCCCGAGCCCCAAGGCCUGUCUCUCGACCCACCACACGGCACCUGAUGUGACCACCGCCACGUCAAAGCCAUCGAGGCACGCGCGGCGAGUGUCGUUCAGCGCCGUUGUCCACGUGCGCCGAUUUUCUGACUGCCCGGUGGUGGAUGACUUUUCGAAGCUCCCUGGAGCAGGAACUGCCCGUGUGGCCGGUCAGCAGCAGCAGCAGCAGCAGCAGCAGCGAAUCUUCACCAAAGUUUUUGCCGACUCCGCCCCCCCAGGAGGCAGAGCUCCCUGGACAUGCCCUCGCCUGAGACCAGGAGGCGGGUGGCCAAGCUCAAGGCUCUGAAUGAUUGGAGCCAUGGCUCAAUCAAUGCUUCAGGACCCCUGUGACUGGGCUGAGCACCCUCCGGUUUUUAUCACAGUAGUAACCUCUGUGGGAUUCUGCAGAGUUGGCUCAGUAGUGGUAACCACCAUGUGUGGUAUGCAGUGUGUUUGAUUGUGGACGUUGUGAGGUUGGUGAGGUCUCUGCGUUAGCCUAUCUCUGUAGGGUUUGUGUUUGCACCAUAUGCCCCAUACACGCUUGUAUGGCAUGGCAUCAUGUAUGCAACAAUAGUGGUUUAGUGUACACUUAAUCAUCAUAUUUAUUCAUGUGGUACAGUUGCCCUUUGUUGUCACCUAAAUCAAUAUUUUUACUGACU